UUCUGAAUACCUGCAGUGAGGCUUGAUAAGGUCUUAGGUACCUCUGGGAUCUGGGAGGUGCCUGCAGCAACCCCGGAGGCCGAGAGCCCCCGGGCGGCUAGAUUGGGCUUUAGGGCGCCCUGGGGGUAAGAAAGACAGCCUGCCCUGCCUGGAGACUCGGAGUUUAUAGCACUCUCUCACAGACCUGCAGUGCACCCCCACGCCUACCCAUCACCUCCAGCAAACGUGAGGCAAGCGAAGCCAAUGCCAUAGCAAUUGAUAUGCUGUGGCCAUACUGGCAGAGAUAGAGACACUGCGUCUCAAUAGAGAUAACGACUGUAGGAACUGUUGUCUAUGCAGUACUACUACAUUGUAGAAUGAAUGUGCGAUACAAUAUAGUAUGAAUGAUGGCCUUCUGACCCCAGUCAUGAGAACAACGUGGUACUACUAGUACUGGAACUUCACUCUCCAGCCACCUGCACUCUCCAAGAUCCUCAAGCUAGAACGUCCAGGCCGCCAUCCACCACUGGCACUGGCACAGGCACAGCCGACAUCAUCUGUCGCAUUAUUAUUCUAUCAUCACUUUCUUUCCCUCAGCGCCCUUCCUGCCAGUGCCGUACCAGGCCGACGUCUGUCCACUCCACUAACCAACACCGUGACCACCAACUCUGCACUCCGCAACCUACUCACUACACUGACGCGACCACGUCCUUAACGCAUCCUCCUUUGGCCCUGGUGUACUCACUGAUUGUGCGAGACGAUCUCGACUCUCCAGCCUCAUCCCCUCUGAGGGACAAGUGGCCAACCCGCAGCGCGCCCACCAAGUAGACACAGUAAAGCAGAAUCGCGCCUUCAUUCAAUCGACAGAGCCUCUGCUGCCGAGAACAAGCAAAAGGGCUCACAUUCUUUCCACCUGAUCAUACCCUUCACAUCUUCCGCCUCCAUCUUGCGAUAGGGCAGGCCAGCACAAUGGCGGGAACACGCAACUAUGAUUUCCUGAUAAAACUACUAUUAAUCGGUGACUCUGGUGUCGGAAAGUCAUGUUGUCUCCUGCGCUUCAGCGAAGACAGCUUCACGCCCAGUUUCAUCACCACGAUCGGCAUCGACUUUAAGAUCCGGACCAUCGAUCUGGACGGCAAGAGAGUGAAACUGCAAAUAUGGGACACCGCAGGUCAAGAGAGAUUCCGCACAAUCACAACCGCAUACUACCGAGGCGCCAUGGGCAUUCUAUUGGUGUACGACGUGACGGACGAGAAGAGCUUCAACAACAUUAGGACAUGGUUCGCCAAUGUCGAACAGCACGCCAGCGAAGGUGUCAACAAGAUCCUCAUCGGCAACAAAUGCGAUUGGGAAGAGAAGCGCGUCGUUUCCACGGAACAAGGUCAAGCUCUCGCCGAUGAACUGGGCAUUCCUUUCCUCGAAGUCUCGGCCAAAGCCAACAUCAACAUCGAAAAGGCAUUUUACUCGUUAGCUUCGGAUGUCAAGAAGAGAUUGAUCGACAGCUCAAAGGAAACCGGCGCCGCUACGGGCAAUCAAUCAGCCGGCGGUGUCAAUGUGGCGCAGAACCAGGGCGCUGGUGUGGGCGGGAAAUGCUGCUAGAAUGACCAUGAGAAGGCGAGACUGGGGCGGAAUAUUGCCUAUGGGAUCGCCUCGCGCUUGUUUUUCGGUUUCCACCAGGCGUUGGCGUAGACGAAAUCCAGGGAGUUCAAAUCGGGUUCAAGAGUGCGUCGAACCAUGGCGUGCGAGCCACGAAAGAAGGACAGGGGGCACAUUACACAAUAUCCGGCCAGGCAUGGAUGUCUCUUGAGUGUCCAUCUCCCUCUCGUUGGAGGAUCGCACUUUGCUAUGGACUACACGCAAUGUGUCUGGACAGUCCUCGGGUCCAGAAACUCGUACGAGGGAAUGGGCUGUGUUAUGAUGGCGGCAAAAGACAGGUGCCUUAAGCCUGAACAAAGAGCGGCAACCAUAUCUUUUGCCCCCUGGGACCGCGAGGUAGGCUCCUUCCAUGCAGGACGUAUUUUCUUUUCCAUCAAUCAAUGCACUGGCGCGGUCACAAACAGCCACGAUACGGUCACAGUAAAGAAAUACACUGCAUGACAUGGCGGGAGGGACAAUUCACAGCUCUGAGGCAGGCAGCCAAGAGCACGCCUUUCUAUCCGUUCCCAGGCGAGACCUGCCCUAGAAGAAUUGGUAGCAUGAACGUGAACUAGUUACUACCCGGGCCCAAAUCUUCAGAAACAAGAGCGCCGUUGAAUGCCCAUUGCAUAGGUUAUAUUUCUCGUCAUUUCAAGGGGUCAUCGAUUUCAUUUUAUUCUUUUAUCGUUGAAGAAGGGAAAUAGCGUCCAUCUGCCACUCUUCUCUCGCUGCACCGGACCGCUAUAGCUGCAGUAGAUCGGAUCGGGUACCGGCUCUUGUUACGCACUGCCACAGCAUCUUGGGCUUCAG